CUCCUCCCACGCGUUCAACAACCCGCUGCUGCCGCUUCUGUUCUCAGUGAGUUCACUUCUUCUUCUGCCAUUUCUUUGUGGAUAACGAAAUCUGCUCUGGGCAUAUCAUCGCUUCAACAACUGUUACUUUCUGUGACUACUCCAUCUCUCACAGCUGGCCCAAACAACAAUCAUGGUCCAAGCUAAGACAUGGAGCCUGACCAAGCACUUUGACGGCUUCCCGAAGGACAGCGACUUUGAGCUCAAGGUGGAGGAGCUCCCUGCGCCCAAAGAUGGGGAGGUGCUUUUGGAAGCUGUGUUUCUCAGUGUCGACCCAUACAUGAGGCCGUUCAGUAAGGUUCGCAUGAAUGAAGGCGAUGUGAUGAUUGGAACUCAAGUGGCCAAAGUGAUUCAAAGUAAUAACCCAGCAUUUCCUGUGGGAAGCCAUGUUAUUGGUCGUUGUGGCUGGAGAACCCACACAGUCUGUGGCGGGACUGACCUCAUUCCCAUCAUGCCUGACUGGCCGCAAGACGUCUCGUUGUCCCUGGCUCUGGGUGCCAUCGGCAUGCCAGGACUGACGGCUGUUUACGGGAUAGAAGAAGUUCUGGGACUCCAGAAGGGUGAGACCCUGCUGGUGAACGCUGCAGCGGGGGCAGUAGGCUCCGUGGUGGGCCAGAUUGCCAAGAUCAAGGGCUGUAAGGUGGUGGGUUCAGCAGGGUCUGAUGCCAAGGUGGCUUUCCUCAAAGAACUGGGCUUCGACGAGGCCUUCAACUACAAGACUGUUGGCUCCCUGGAGGAGACACUGAAGAAAGCUUCUCCAGACGGAUAUGACUGCUUCUUUGAAAAUGUGGGAGGUCCUUCCUCAAGUGUUGCCUUGCAACAGAUGAAGAAUUUUGGAAGAAUCGCCGUGUGUGGAGCUAUUUCCACCUACAAUGACACCACGCCUCAAACAGGCCCAUUCCCCCACCUGACCAUGAUCUUCAAGCAGCUUAAGAUGGAGGGCUUCAUGCAGAGCAGGUGGGAGCACAAGCACCCCGAGACCCUCAAGAGGCUAAUGGGAUGGUUGAAAGAGGGCAAACUGCAGUGUCGGGAGCACAUCACACAAGGCUUUGAGAAGAUGCCAGCUGCUUUCAUGGGGAUACUGAAGGGAGAAAACGUCGGCAAGGCUAUUGUCGCAAUCUGAUGUGGAUCAAAGAAGAAGAAUCUGUAUUAUUAAUUACUGACACGUUAUUACAGAAUUCAUACAUGAAGGAUUUAACAAUAAACACUUACAACUAACCAGCUAUUUUCAUAUUAACAUGUUACAAAAUGUGAUUUAUACAUUUUAGCGUUAGGUCAUUGUUAGAAAGUUGAGACUGAAACUAUUGAUUCUUUAAAAUUCAGAUGGUUUCAUGAGACUGGAGCGUUCUGCUAGGUUUUGAAUAUGUAUUCAUGGUAAGACACGUUUCUUUUGUAAUGCAUUUAAAGAAUAAAGGCAAAAUAAAAACCCAUUUUACUUUAAAGGAUCAGGAUUAGAGACACAAAUGAGCAUGUCUUCCUCAUAUUCUGCGACACAGUAACAAAGUUGUAGCACUUACUGACUUUAAAAAAAAGUUUUGACCUCCAUCCAGACAAUAAUAUUCAUAUUUGAGUGUACGGUACAUCCAUUGGGAGAGAUCAGAUCGCUGUGUGAAAUCAGAAGGGAACAAGAAAGCCAUUUUGCUCUGUUAUGCCACCAAGUAAUUGGAUAAGAUGUGUAGCUCUGCUGUUCAUUCAUACAUUAUUGUAUUAAUAUUAUUAACCAUGUGUUUUGUAUUUAGUGAGUUUUUGUAUAGGUAAUAAAAUUUGGGGCUUUUCUUCAAA